AUGUUGGAUCAAAGCAGUACUUUGUGUUUAAAAAGCAGUACCACCUGGGCUCGCGUUUGCGACACCUGCCGCUCCGCCCCCUGCACCAUCUACUGCCGCCCCGACGCCGCCUACCUCUGCACCGCCUGCGACGCCCGGAUCCACGCCGCCAACAAGCUCCAGUCUUCCCAGCACGAACGUGUCUGGGUCUGUGAAGCCUGUGAGCAAGCUCCGGCGGCUUUUAUAUGCAAGGCGGACGCCGCCUCCCUCUGCACCACCUGUGACGCCGAUAUCCAUUCUGCAAACCCUCUUGCUCGCCGGCACCACCGCGUCCCGGUGAUGCCGAUUCCAGGCGCACUUUAUGGACCUCAGGCUACUGAUCCCAGGUCUGUGAUGGGGUUAGGAGUGGAAUCUGAAAGUGGGUUUUUGUCACAUGAAGCUGAGGACGCCAUUGAUGAUGAGGAUGAAGAUGAAGCAGCUUCGUGGUUGUUGUUUGAUGCUCUGCCGAAGAAUAGCCAGAACCAGAGUGGAAAAGAGAAUGGGUUUUUGUUUAAUGGAGAGGGAGGUGAUGAUGAGUAUUUGGAGUUUAUGGAAUUUGGUAAUGAUGAUCAGGCGCCGCAGCAACAAUGCUAUAAGGCGGCGGAGAAGAUGUAUGGCGGUGGCGACGCCGAUAGUGUGGUGCCGGUUCAGAAGAAUCACCAUCAAUUCCACCACCAGGAUUUCCAACACCAGAAGUUUCAGUUGGGAAUGGAGUAUCAUGAGACCUCGCACGCCGCCGGUGGUUAUGGCUAUCCUCCGCUUUCACACAGUGUUUCCAUGUCAUCGUUGGAAGUUGGAGUCGUACCUGAUUCAACAAGAACCGAUGCUUCACUAUCACAUCCUAGACCGUCGAAAGGGACGAUUGAUCUAUUUUCAAACCCUCCGGUUCAGGUGCCAACCCAACUCAAUCCAAUGGACCGUGAAGCAAGAGUCUUAAGGUACAGAGAGAAGAAGAAAACAAGAAAAUUUGAAAAAACCAUUCGCUAUGCAUCAAGAAAAGCUUAUGCGGAAACAAGACCCAGGAUCAAAGGUCGUUUUGCGAAAAGAACCAACGCAGACGUCGACGUGGACCAAAUGUUCCCCACGAAUCAUAUGGUACAAGGCGGAUAUGGAAUUGUCCCUUCGUUUUAAAUACGAACGGAAAAUAGGCAUCCUUGUUUUAGCAAAAGGGUUUGAUGGCUUCGACACAAAUGAACAUCAAACUUAAGAUGAUUAGCAUCAUCUUAGGAAACGAGAAUUAAUCGACUUAUGGGUUCCCUUUAAUUGUAAACGUAAUACAAAAUACACAUUUUCUGUAUUUUAAUCGUUCGUUUCAUAUAUAUAUUUUGAUGUUGUGGGAAUCUUGUAAUAAACCUUGUAACUUUGCCUUCCAA